CGAUGUGCCACAGUUGCACAAUCCCCUAGGUAGUAGCCAGCAGCAACUUCAAUGGCUAAACAUCAUCCAGAUCUUAUCUUCUGCAGAAAGCAGCCAGGUGUUGCUAUUGGACGCUUAUGUGAAAAGUGUGAUGGACGAUGCGUGAUAUGUGAUUCUUAUGUCAGGCCUUGUUCCCUGGUUCGAAUUUGCGACGAAUGUAAUUAUGGCUCGUACCAGGGUCGCUGUGUAAUAUGUGGAGGUCCUGGUGUGAGUGAGGCAUAUUACUGCAAGGAAUGUACAAUCAUGGAAAAGGAUCGGGACGGUUGUCCGAAGAUUGUGAAUCUGGGUAGUGCCAAAACUGACUUAUUCUAUGAGAGGAAAAAAUUCGGCCACAAAAAGAACUAGCGCUUAUGGUUGAACGGUUUCGAAAACUGUUCAACCAUAUCUGCGGAAACGCUUUCGUAUCUUAUUUUGCUUCGUAUUCCUUAUAUUUGGUGUACAGUGAAUGUUUAUCGGGAAUAAAGCUUAAUCACACUUGU